UUUCUGUACUAAAGUAAAGAUUUUUGCUAUAUUAAGAUAUUUGAAUAUCCUAAAUGUUGCCGAUUGGAUCGGGAUGAAAGUCUGCUGCAUUAUUUCUCUUUAAUAUCGACUUUAUUGGUGUUUUUUGUAUCCAUCCAGGAGAGACACUUUCUAUUUGUUAGUAAUCGGAUUGUUCCGAGCUCCAACCAAUACCCAUUUAUCUUAUCCGUCCACUGUCAGGGCCACUGAACUGCACGUCACAUGGCUCAGUUGACUUCGGGGUCGCAACGUCGACUAUAUAAGCCCUGAAUUCACGGGACUCUGAGCGACGGCUCGAACCCUCAAAGCUCCCGAAAAAAAAAACAUGCUGCGCCCCGCGGCCCUCGGCCUCCUUCUGGCGUGCGCCGCCUCUCUCGGCGGCGCCGCUGUCAUCCUAGAGAACGGCUGGCCCAUCCUGUGGACCCAAACGGCCGGCCAAGUGGCCGACAUGCCGUCGCACGAGGGCGUUAUGACCCCCGACCCGUGGCACUUCCUUCACCGCAUGAGUCUGUACCGGCUGCUGAUAGCUGCCACGGACCCCUUCAUGGGCUCCAUGGGGACAAAUGCCACCGACAGUCCGCUGUGGGGGCUGCCGCUGCAGCUUGGAUGGAUGCUGACGUCGGGGCGUCUCGCCGACCCAACCGGCGCUUCAACCUGCGGCCUGGAAACGGGAGAAAAAAUGUGUGUUUCUACUCACAGCUGGUGGGGCUGUGUGAACUACUUCACCUCCGUGCUGCCCUUCCUGUCCGCUGCGCAGAAGGGCUUCAUGGGAGCAGGAGUUCAGGUCCAGAUGCAGGUCCCCGAGGGCGUGACGGACUAUUGCACAACGUACGCUGACUGCUCCACUCGCUUCCCAGACGCCAUGACUAAGUGGGAUGCCUUCUUCCAGGGUCUCCUGGACGCGGCUGAUUCCCCUCUUCCAGACAAUGAGAAGAAAGACGCUCUCCUUGGCCUCUACUGGCAGGCCCAGAUGGCUUCGACGUACGCCUCUUCUGCGUGCAGCGCCAGGCGGAGCCACUACUCCUCUGAAGAGGUGUCCUUUGCCAAGAGCUGGGAGAACUCGGGCGAGUACGUCGCCGCCGCACACUUCCAGUCCAACUUGGAAAAGUCGGCCCUGUUCAUAACUCCUCUCCCAGGUCGCGUCUUAAAGAGUGGAGACAGCGCACCCAGCAUCGCCGACCUGAGCGAGGCGGAGAACCACACACUGUACAUCUUCUCCUGGAUUAACAGCGCCAACACUAUGCUGGCCGGAUCCCUGGUGCGCAUGUGGAGAAGCGCCAUGUGUUCAGUGGCCACGAGGGAGAAAGGCAGAGAGAUGCUGGAGCAGCUGCUGCUCAACCCCGGAUUCGCCACCAGCACUUUCCUGUCCAUCAUCUCCGAAAUGACCACCAGCUGCUAGAGGCAAACACGCUGCAGAGACUCAGAAACUCCAGUUGCAUCACGUGUCGCUUUUCUCGUCUGAAGAGGUGUAGACAAACUUGUUAAUUCGGUAUUUAAUUACUUUUUUUUUUAACUGUAGAUCCACAGGCAGUUAUUCUAAUUUAAAGCAGGUAUUCUUAUGUCUAUCUGUUCCCCAAUAAAAAUAUUGUCAUAUUACUCUUUUCUCGUUGUUUUACUGCACUUUCAUUAAUAAGUGAACAACAGACUAUCGAUGCAAUGCUCACUGGUUUGAAGAUGCACGCUAAAGAUUGUUUGCAAAGAACUUCUUAUUUUACAUCUGCAAUAAACGACGGUUUUAUCUCUA